AGGAGCUAUCCGCGGUCCUGAAAGCAGACCUGAAGCGCGAGGCAGAGAGAUGCCCAAUCAUUCGCGAGCCUCGACAUAAACUAAGAAGGCGUCGCCAUGCCGUCACUCCCUCAGACCUCACCGCCCCUCAUCUAUUUAGCCGCCAUCCUCUGGAUCUUCCUCACUUUCGGGGUUGUUGAAGGCGCUUCGAUCCGAGACCACAGGCUGCGGGGAAGUGAGUCUGACUCACCAGAAGGAGAUGUCCUCCGUGCGCAAGACACAGACAUGCUGAAAGCAUUAGAGUAUAUUGAAAGUCUCCACCACAGAGCCCCUCACAUUUUAGAGCACGAUGCUAGCCGUAUGGAUGACGCUGAGAAGCUCCGCGCCAUGCUGAGACCGGCUUCAGACCCAAAACAGAGCCAAGAGGAGCAGGAGGAGACUGGAAGUGAAGAUAAAAGUGAGGAGCUGCUUCAGGCCGUCCUCAGCACUCUGCAGCAGACAGAGAAGGCUGCCAGGCCGGCCCUGCUGGGAGCAGUCCCACAGGGAAUGAGCACAACGUAUCCCAGAAUGCCACAGAAAGCCCACAGGAAGCUGCCUUUGCUGUUUGAAGAUGAGGAAGCAGAGGAGAGGGGGGAGGAGGCGCAAAGAGGAGACACCAGACAUGAGAGUCCCUUCAAACGCACCAAGGAGAACGUAGAAGGGAGGUACACGCCUCAGAACCUCGCCACGCUGCAGUCCGUCUUCGAUGAGCUUGACAAGCUGACAGGAGCAAACAUCCUGCAAAAGCGUCAGGAUGAAGACGGCGACAUGGAGGAAGAUGAGACCGAAGAUGAUGAAGAAAUGUCUAACAGGAGGAAUGCAGCUUAUGAUGACAUGGACAGAGAUCUCCUAGAAUGGGGUCCAUUAGAUGAAGAAGAGGAGGAAGAGGAGGAGAGCGACAGUGACCAUGGGGCCGAUUACAUCGAGGACAAUGAUGAAGAUGCUGGAAACAAUGAUGAAGAGGAUGACAGCUUUCCAGUUAAAAGAUCAAGUGAUGCCGAUGAUGUGGUGAACUUGGUGGACCACUACCUCCUUAAGGUGCUGGAGAAAACAGAGGAAGAGCAGGAGAAAGGAGAAGCAGCUGAGGGAGGGGGGAGGACUGAGAGGUGGUUGUCUCAGAAUCGAUAUCCAGAUAACAUCGACCCACGAGUCAUCUAUCAGCUCCUCACUAUCUCCCAAAGGUUCCAGAUCCCUGCUGAAGACCUCACAGGCCUCCUGAAACCCAGAGAGCAAACGGAUGACAGGAAGCUGAGAAAAACAAACAAGUUGUCUGAAGCAGAGAGAAAGUUUUCUAAGAUCUCCUCAAAGAAGGCAACUCCUGCAGCUCAUGUCUAUAACAGACGUCCACCGUAUGUGAGAAAGACCCCGGAGGAGCAGAGAACAGAGGAGAUCCUCAAAGUACUGGGAAUAGGAGGGGAGGAGGAACCUGCUCCCCCCAUGAAGCAGAGGCAGCAAAACAUCUUAACGUCACAACUUCACAAUCAUCCUGCUGGGCGCUGGAGGGAAUACGCUCCCACGCAGCGGCGCCUUCCCCACCCCUUCAGAGACGACUACGAUGACACGGAGGACCAGGAUGAGCUGGCAGCUUAUUUGGCUCAGAUGCUGAAUCCCAAACCUGCUUUUAGCAACACGGCCCCCCAAAAAAGACAGGAGGUUGGACAGAGCACCACCGACUCCUUAGAAAAGACCAUGGAGGAAUACUUUGACCUGAUGGACAAAGAAAGAAGACAGUCAGAGGACAGUGAGACACGAGCUCAGAGCUGGGAGAAUGAAGCUGUGAUGAAAAUGCUGAAUUAUCUGAACCCAGAAGAAGAAGAGGCCAAAACAGCAAAGGGGAAAUAAGUUUGACCACAUCUAUUUAUUGUUCAGGUGGAGAGGAGACCAUGACAUGCAGGGAGGAAUAAAAACACAUUGAACGUUUUUAUUUAUUAGUAGAAACUCGUCUUCAGAUCAUAUUUGAUGUUUUGCAGAAUAGUAAUCUGUUGCUGGGCGAUAAAGCAGUAAAUGUCUCACCAGCCUGAACUGUUCCACCCAGAGACGCCGUUUCUUUCCUUAGCGUGUUUUCUGUCAUUCUUUCCUAAUUGUGUUCAUAUGUGACAUUCCUGAGGUUAAUAAAGCAUCGA